GGUGUGGUUGCCAUGUUUCGAGCACGCAAAGCCACGACAAAGAAGCCGUCAGCGGCAUCCAAGUCACGGCAAGUGGACGAAGACGAUGCCCAGGAUGAAGUCAACCAAGCCCAACCGCCCUUUGUGAGGACGACCUCUAGCAGCACGAGGGUGGAUGAGAGCUCCGACAAGGAUGAGGAAGAGGAGAGUGUCGAUGCUAUUCGAGCACGCAUCAAGCUGAAGCAGCGAAAGCCCGCCAACUUUUCGUCAAGCAAUCCAAAGCGGCGAUCCGUCAUUGCAUCAUUCCACGACGAUGACAAUGACGACGAUGGUCCAGCGUUUCGGGUGAGGAAAGGCAAGAUUCCUCGAAUGUCCGUUGACGAAAGCAUAUUGGACAGUCCUACGCACGACAUGUACUCUGUCGAGAACAUGAACGCUUUGAAAGCGCAGCAAAAAACCUUCCCAUCUGCUCCGGCACAGUCGUCUCCAGUCUCUCCUUCCCGCGAGGGUGCUGCACCACAAGAGGUUCCUGUCGUCGACAAUCCAUCGACUACGAGCACCACACACGACGAAGAAGCCUUUAUUCCAUUGAAUUCGUCGCCCCGUUCAUCACAUCGUCAAGCAUAUCAUCUUCCCACGGAUGACUCCAACGCGUUCCGUCCUCCUCGAUGCGUCGAGCCGGAAGAAGCAUUCCUUGACACCGACCCGACUCCUGAUGCUGCGAUAGAUGAAGAAGACCCAGCCGAAAUGCAAUGGGAGGCGGAACAGCUUCGCCGUGUGGGGAUUCAUCCCACUCCCAGCCAUUCCCACGCCUUUUCGUCGACCAGCGAUGGCACACCGUCCCAAUUAUCGUUUCAGUCACUCGGACAGCUCCUCACCAAGCUCCAAACAACGCAUGCCAGUCUCCUGGACCAAAAGGACCUGCGUACGCGCGACGCGCAGCGCACGAGUGUGGAGAUGAACCAGCUGACCGCCUCAAUUGCUUCGCUCGAAGCCGAGCUGACCACAUGCGGCGUCGCAUUCGACGACAUGCAGCGGCUGUGGGAAUUCCUUACAACGUUGUGUCAUUGCUUGCGUGCCAAGGUGCGAGCCGUGGAUGAGUUGGACCGAGGGACGUCGGAGUCGCCUGAGCCGUUCGUACACCCACGGCAAGUUCAAUCCAACUUGUGGUCCGACGUCGACGACGACUUUUCCACCUUGGACGCUGUCCUCGACCGCUUCACGCAGUGGAAAACGCUGCCGCACACUGCCGCAUCCUUUCAUUCGACGUAUGCCGCCCUCGCGCUGGAACAACUUAUCGUGCCGUACAUUCGCGCAGAAUUGCUAUCGUACAGUCCAUGGCUUCACCGGUGGGAAGACCUCGAUUGGGUGGAUGCUGUCCGCGCAUUUGAUUCGAAUCCAGGAGAUGGGACCCACCCACCCAACGCCGCCCGCAAGUUAAUCGACGUGGGAAUGGAACUUGUGGUGGAAAGAGCCUUGCGGAUGGUGCGGCACUUUGACUGGAAUAGCCGCGUGCAUGCCGAGCACGCGUUAUAUUUGCUGCAAAGUGUGUCGUUGACCUCGCUCCAACAACAAAUUACUCAAGCGAUGGAGGAGUGGGCAUUCGCUCAACCACUGCCAUCGAUGCCCAGGGCUGCAAAACGUGUCUUUCUCACGCACUUGACCUUGCUUCGCCUGCCACGGACAAAUGCGCUUGUCGUUCAGGUCUGCCAAGAUGAGCUCGCGCAUGUCCAAGAUGCAGUGGCAAGGAGCGCGACCGUCUUGCCCGACAUCGAAGCGAUUGUGAAGGACUGGCCAUGCUAUUGUACGGAAGCGAGACCGAUCCUCACGCAGUUCGCCGUCCUCGUCAACAACUUGAACACAAUGCACCAACCCGAGUCAGUCGUAGCCAAGAACGCGCUCUUGAUCAAUAUUGAGCUCAAGUUGAAUGCGCGAUAGAGCGGGCCAUCGUAGCUCGAUUAAAUAUAAGAAUACACUAAGCUAUCGAUCGUCAUUACGCUCAACAAUGCAUUUCUUGAUGACGUUGAUGCGGGUGACGACUGAG